AUGGAAAACGCCAUCUGUGUCCCAAGAAAGAACUAUGGGAAGCGCAGACUCCGGACGCAUGCGCAUCGGCUUCCGCUGCCCUCUGAACUACAUUUCCCAGGAGCCGCAGUCAAGAAGAGCCCUGUCCCAUACGUCACGUCCGCUCCCCUAAGCUACUUCCUACUUCGGCAGGCAGAUCAGAGCUGCCGGCGCUUCCGGAGCCAGAUUUCUGCGCCCUGGAGCCCUUGGUGGGGAGGGAAAGGUGUUCCCUUGCGCCUGCGCAGUUUGUUACCCCUCCUCGUCCCCCUUCGCAAGGGGGCGCAGUCAUCGGCCUGCCCUGGGGAGGGGGGCCCUUGGGCCUCCCGCCCUCCCUGCUUCUCUGGGCGGAGAGACUUCCGGGCACCGUCAGCCAAUCAGAGGAGACACGGCAGUGUCGCCCCCUUGGCUCCUCCCUUGCCUACUCCUAUCCCUCUCCUGGUCCCAGUUGGCAUCCUCAGUGUCCUCACCUGUGAAAUGGGCUGCUCUUCCUCAGGGAUUCCCCUGGGAUGGGCACUGUGGGGUCCUGGAGGGGGCACUGCCUCAGUUUACCCCCCUGAGAAAUGGGGCCAGGGCUGCCUGGGGGUCAGCACCAGCCACAGCAGGCACGCCCAGUAUCUCUGCUACUUCCUGGGCUCCUGGAGAGGCCCCUGCCUGGCCCGAGGGGCAGAAGAGUGGAGAGGAAGCCAUGGCCCCCCAGGUGACACAUUCAUAGACUCUGCCUCCUCUCCUAUAAUGCCUGGGCUAGGGGGCCUGCAGGAAUCGGUGACAUUCAAGGAUGUGGCCGUGAACUUCACCUGGGAGGAAUGGGGCUACCUGGAUACCUCCCAGAAGGAGCUUUACUGGGAGGUGAUGCUGGAGAACUACAGGAACCUGGUCAGCCUGGGCUUUGUGGUUGCCAAGUCAGAUGUGAUCUCUCAGUUGGAGCAAGGGGAAGCACCUUGGAUUCCUGAAAGUCGAUUUCCAAGAAGCAGCUGUUCAGUGUUCUACUUUUGCACCCUGAUUAUAUUUUCUGAUGAUGAUAAAUGUCAGAAGUCCUUUAGUAAUAAUUUCGACCUUAUUGAAAAAUAUAGAAUUCAUAAUGGAAAUAAACAUGAAUGUAAUGAAUGUGGGAAGUCUUUCCUCCAGAACACUGAACUUACUCUACACCAGAGAAUUCACAGAGGAGAAAAGAUUUAUGACUGCACUGAAUGCAGAAAGUCCUUCCAACAGAAUGCCUAUCUUGGGAAACCUCAAAAAAUUCAUAAUAGAGAGAAACCUCACAAAUGCAAUGAAAGUGGGAAGGCCUUUCACCAGAAUUCAUACCUUAAAAAACAUCAGAUAAUUCGUACUAGAGAGAAACAUUAUGAGUGCAAUAAGUGUGAAAAAACCUUCCUUUGCCCCACUGAACUUACUCAACACCAGAGAACACAUACUGGAGAAAAAUUUUUUGAUUGCAAUGAAUGUGGGAAGACCUUCCACUGUAAAUUACAACUUACUGAUCAUCAGAAAAUCCAUACUAGAGAGAAACCUUUUAUAUGUAAUGAAUGUGGGAAAGCCUUCCAUCAGAAUUCAUACCUUCGAAGACAUCAAAGAAUUCAUACCGGAGAAAAACAUGCAUGUAAUGAGUGUGGGAAGGCCUUCCUACGGACCACUGAACUUACCCAACACCAGAGAACACAUACAGGAGAAAAACCUUAUGAAUGCAAUGAAUGUGGGAAGACCUUCUAUCAGAAUUCAUACCUUCGAAGGCAUCAGAGAAUUCAUACUGGAGAGAAACCUUAUGCAUGUAAUGAAUGUGGGAAGGCCUUUCUUCGGUCCCCUGAACUUACCCAACACCAGAGAACUCAUACAGGAGAAAAACCUUAUGAAUGCAAUGAAUGUGGGAAGACCUUCCGCUGUAAAUCACACCUUACUGAUCAUCAGAGAAUCCAUACUAGAGAGAAACCUUAUGUAUGUAAUGAAUGUGGGAAGGCCUUUGGUCAGAAGGCACAUCUUACUCAUCAUCAUAGAAUUCAUACUGGGGAGAAACCUUAUGAAUGCAAUAAAUGUGGUAAGGCCUUCCGCCAGAAUUCAUACCUUAGAAGACAUUUGAGAAUUCAUACUGGAGAGAAACCUUAUGUGUGUAAUGAGUGUGGAAAGGCCUUCCUCCGGGCCACUGAACUUAGUCAACACCAUAGAACACAUACUGGAGAAAAACCUUAUGAAUGCAGUGAAUGUGGGAAGACUUUUGGUCAAAAGGCAAAACUUAUUCAACAUCAUAGAAUUCAUACUGGAGAGAAACCUUAUGUAUGUAAUGAAUGUGGGAAAGCCUUCAUCCGGAGCACUAAUCUUAAUCAGCACCAGAAAACUCAUACUGGAGAAAAACCUUAUCAGUGCAAUGAAUGUGGGAAGGCUUUCUGUCAGAGGGCAGAUCUUACGCAACAUAAUAGAACUCACACUGGAGAGAAGCCUUAUGUAUGCAGUGAAUGUGGUAAGGCCUUUUGUCAGAAGGCAGCUCUUACUCAACAUAAUAGAAUUCAUACUGGAGAGAAACCUUAUGUAUGCAGUGACUGUGGGAAGGCCUUCCACUGGAGCACAGUGCUCGUGCAACAUCGGAGAACCCAUACUGGAGAGAAACCUUUUGAAUGCAGUGAAUGUGGGAAGUCUUUCAGUCAGAGAGCAAAACUUAUUAGACAUCAGCGAUUUCACACUGGAGAGAAACCAUAUAAAUGUUUAGAAUGUGGAAAGGCUUUCUGUCAGAAAGCAGAUCUUACUUUACAUAAUAGGAUUCAUACUGGUGAGAAACCUUAUAAAUGCAAUGAAUGUGGGAAGACCUUUCGCUAUAACUCACACCUUAGUCAACAUCAGAAUAUUCAUACAGGAGAGAAACCUUAUGAAUGCAAUGAAUGUGGAAAGGCCUUCUUUUGGAGAACAGCCCUAAAUCAGCAUAGACAAAUUCAUGUAGGGGAGAAAACUGGUUAAUGUAAUGAAUGUUGAUGAAUUCAUUUUCCAGGAGCACACAGCAUAUUUGACAUUAGAGAAUUCAUAUGGGCCAGAAUAUGAGAAGCCUCAGCAAGAAAUUCAAAAUUCCUGAACAUCAGACAGUUCAUAUUAGAACCAUAUUUGAACAUAAAAAUUGAGUUAAGGCUUUUCUCCAGAACUCAGCCUUGCUAAAUACUAUAAUGUCAGACAGAAACUAUAUGAAUGUAUAGCAGUUGUGAAUCCCAUCUGUGAAUAGUGGUGAAGCACAAAGAGAUAGGAGAGUGCUGGUGUAGAAUGAGACAUGCCCUUUCUCUUAUGACCAAAGUAUUUCUUUUGCUUGACUAUACUUGUUAGCAGUGGGAAGUGAUAGCAAUAUUCUUUAAAGCUUCAAUAUAAUGUAGAAAGCAAAUCAUCCAAAUCACAUAACUUAGUAAAUGUCAUGCAUACAUUCUGGCAGAGAUAGAGAAGUAGACUAGCACCCAGAAGGACUGGGUUUAGAACUAGUUGAAUGGCUAUGCCCAAAGAAUAUGCAGUACUGGUUUAGUGGCCGUUUGCUAGGUGGCCUCUACAUAAGUGCCUUAGGGAUCACUUCUUGGACCUCUACCGUUUUACCAUUUUUAUAAAUGACUCAUAUAAAGGCAUGCAGAAUAUGCUUUUCAAAUUUGGAGGUAGCACAAGGCUGCUGAGUGUAAUUAACAUGCUAGAUGACAUUUAAGAUACGAAAAAACCUUGAUGGACCAGAAUGUUAUAAAUACGAAAAGGAUGAUAGUGAUACUGUUAUUUUCGGUUCUACUAGUCAAGUACAACAUGGGGAAGAACAGGUAGAAAAUGGUUUCUAAAAAACCUGGUUUCAAAAUGGCAAAGAUAAUAGCAGACCUAGUGUUGGAGGAACUAUAGAAUUCAGGUAUUGUUGGUAGAGUUGUGAAUUGCUUCAACCAUUUGGGGAAAUAACGUAAAAUUUGCAAGAAACCCGUCACGGAUCUGUUUGUGUGUUUGACCUGUUGUGAUCCCACUUGUGUUCACAAAGUUCAGGAAGUCAAACACAUUAAGAAAGGUCCCUAUCCUAAACCAAAGCACUCAUUUUUGUGACAGCUAGCGUGUCAAGCACAGCAGGUGCCCAUUGUCUGGGGAAUGGCUGAACAAAUUGGGGGAUAUUCAUGUGUUUAUAGAUUAUCGUACCACCAGAAGUGACAGAUAUGAGGAAUUUAGAGAAGCAGAGAAAGAUGUAUAUGAAGUGAUAUAAAUUGAAGAAAGAUCUAGGAGAACAGUUUCUACAUUGACUAAAAUAAUGUGAAUGAAAGCAAUGCUAAAAAGGAGGCAAAGUCAUCAGUUGCAAUCAACAAGUGGUUAUGCAGCUAUAUUCCAGGCAUUGUGCUUUGGUUUCUCUAUUAUACCUUGGUCCUGCAUCCAUUUGCAGCUUAGUUUGGCAUAGAGAGUCAGCUAUUGGUCUAAAUCUAACUCCUCCCAGACAGCUUUCACGGGGUAGUGAGUCCUUAUCCCAAUAGUUGGGGUCUUUGUGUAUAUCAUCUACUAGGCUACUAGAUCCAUUUUCCCUCAGUGUGUUGCCAGAUUUGUUCCCCUGAUUGAUUUGGUUUUGGCUGGUACAAAACUGUGCUGAGAAUUUGUGUUCUAUAGUUUAGUUUUAGAUCUGGCACUGCCAUGCCCUCUAUAUUUUUAUUUCUGUUCAUUAUUUCCCUUGAGA